CGUCAACAUCCACACUCCUCUCCUCCAUCCUCCUCUCCCUCUCCUGUCUCGACACCUGUUACCCAUCUUCCUUUCCUCAAAGGACAAUCGCAUACCUCCUUCCGCCGUAUGCCUUAACCUUUGCUGGCUUGAUCGGAUGUCUUCAACUUCUUCCUUGCCUUCUUGCGUUAUGUCACUCCUUUAUUAAUUCCGCCGAAUUACAUUUUUAAUUUUCCUUGGGGAGGUCGAGGUCCUGGACGCGUCGCGAACAACCCCUGAUAAUUUUUCUCGCCCAUCGCCAACCAUCGAGUCCGUGAAGAGGUCGGGCUUGUAUCAAAUAAUAGAGACACAGUAGCAGACGACUUGAGCCUCGUCUGCGCUGGUCUCGUUGGGGUGCGUGCUGCUGCGCGUUUUGUUCUCGACCAAAAAUAAAUUUCUCGAGAGAACAAACGAGUGCUGACUGACGCGCCUCGACUUCAGCAGAUAU